UGUCAAAAAAUGCUAGUUCAAUAAUAUCGAUAAUUACCUGCACCAUAAAAAGAACUUCCUUAAAAUUUAAAUUAGGCUCAUUUUGAGUAAAGGAUGAGAUUUUAACAAUAACAAAUUCAAGCAAGAGUGAUAGAAGAGAGACCUAAUUUUUAAGAGAUGUAAGGAGGAUAACCUCCUAUAAAACCAUGGUUAGGAGAAGAUGUAUAUAUGGUAGCAUUUUUAUUAUCAGUGGAAAAUGAUAGAUUGAGAGAAGAGAAUGGAAGGGUUGGGGAAUAUGUAAAUUAGAAUGAAUUAAGAUUUAAAGGAGUUGAUUUAAUUGAAGGAGAAUUAAUUUAAUUAAGAAAUAAAAUAGGAGAUUAUGAAAAAAAGAUUGCUUAACUCUAAUAUGAGAGUGAAUAGUGGAGAGUGAAAUUUGUUAAUAGGGAAAAAGAAAGUGAAGAUUAAAGAUAUUAAAAAGAAUUAUAAAGAAGAAUUUAGAUAGAUAGAGAAAUAAAAGAAUUAACAGCAAGAUUUAUAUCAGAUAGAAAUCAAUUAGAAAAAGAAAAUAGAUAAUUAAGAACAGAAUUAGAUAGUCUUAAACUUUCUAAAAGUAGUGUAGAUGAUAUAAUGAAAUAAGCAGAUAUAGUAUAGAAAGAAAAUCAUAGAUUAAAAUAGGAAUUAGAUAAUCUUAGGUAUUUUUAAUUAAACUAUUUUAUUAUAGAAAAGGUUUUGAUGAAUUAGAAUAUGUACUUAAAACAGCAGCAGAUUUGGAAGCAGAAAAUACAAAUCUUAAAUAAUAGAUAGAGAAUAUAUAGUCUUAAUUUUAACAACAAUAGUAAUAGCAAAUUUAACCAAUCUAAAGAGGAGUUGUUAAUUCAACAAAUUUAUGUAUAGAUAAUUUAACAUUAGAAAACUCGCAUAAUUUGGAAUCGGAAAACAAGAGAUUAAAAGAUGAAAAUGAUAGAUUGAAAGUUAUGCUAAAUUUAGGCCAAACUUCUAGACCACAACCAUUUAUGUGA